GAGUGCCUAGGGAACAAAGAGUCUGCUGUGGGACUCCGCUGAGCACUUCUCAGGCUCUGAAGCGCCAGCUGUGGAUAUCCAAAUCUAUAGAUGAUCAUGGAGUACACAGGACUAUUGCUGCUGCUGCUGGGGUUCAGCCUCAAAGGAGCGUCUUGUGCAGUGGUGCCAUGGAUGGAGUUAAAUGAAGCAACGGCCUAUUUGAGGAAGUACGGCUACCUGAAUGAGCCCACUGAUCCACAGGACCCUCAUUACCUUGAGGAGAUCAUUGAAGCCCUCAGGGUCUUCCAGGGGGUGAAUAAUCUGCCACCUAGUGGAGAAAUAGAUGAAGCCACACUGGAAGUGAUGAACCAGCCCCGCUGUGGUUUGGAGGAUCCUUUCAACAAGAAAUUUCACAAGUACAGAGUAAUGGGCCGCUGGAGAAAAAGGAGUCUGACCUAUCGCAUCUACAACUACACACCUGACAUGAUCAACUCAGACGUCAGGAACGCCAUCCGUGCUGCCUUCAAGUACUGGAGUGAUGUGGCGGCUUUGACCUUCAGAGAGGUCGACUACGGCAGAGCGGACAUAAAGAUCUCCUUCCAUAAGAAAGAUGGCUACUGCUCUGUCCCAUUUGAUGGUCGUGGUCAUGUGCUGGCCCAUGCUGAGUCACCAGAAUCGGGUAUUGUCCACUUUGAUGAGGAUGAGUUCUGGACUGAGGGAACAUAUUAUGGUACUAAUCUGCGUAUUGUAGCUGCCCAUGAAAUCGGCCACGCCCUCGGCCUGGGUCACUCUCAGUUCAGAAGCGCUCUGAUGGCACCCGUCUACUCUGGCUACCGUGUCAACUUCAGGCUGCAUUCAGAUGAUGUGAACGGCAUCCAGGCACUAUACGGCAAACACAUCACAAGCACUUUAGCCAGUCCCACAAGUCCAGAUAGUCUGGUUCCCACGGAGAGCAGCCAGGGGACUGAGAGAAUCCCUGAUCCCUGCACGGCCACACUGGACGCCAUUAUAUUAGGUCCCUGGAGGAAAACCUUUGCUUUUAGUGGUGAUUAUGUGUGGACUAUCUCUGAUCUGGGACACAACACACCUAUAAAAAUUGACAGACUGUGGAGGGGCCUCCCUGGGAACCUAAAUGCUGCUGUGCACUCUCAACGAACCAACAAGACUUACUUCCUAAAAGGCAAUAAAGUGUGGAGGUAUACCAGUUUUAUUCUGGACUACGGCUACCCCAAAGAGCUGAAACGAAUCCCCCCUAAUAUUGAUGCAGCCCUGUACCUGUCAAAGAACAAAAAGUUGGUCUUCAUUAAGGGUUCAGAGCACUGGCAGUGGGAUGAGAUGAAGCACAACAGCCUCACUUUCUACCCCAAACCGCUCAGCAUGCUCUUCACUGGAGUGCCAUCGGCUCCUGAUGCAGCCUUCACCUGGACCAAUGGCAAGAUCUACAUCUUCAAGGGAGACGACUACUGGCGACUGAAUGAGCUGCUGAAAGCAGACAAAGGAUAUCCGCUGAGCAAGAAGGAACGCUGGAUGCGAUGCUAGUGCUCCGCCAUCAGGGGGCAGCAGGUACCAAGCGGUGAGAAACAAGGGCGCUGGUUCCACUCCAGGGACGUUUUAAACCACCCAAACCUCAACAACAGUAAUUAAUCAUUGUGAAUAAUCAUUGAACACAUUAUGGGAAAACUAGUGUGGGAACUGAGCUACCUGUACCCUCCAAAGCAGACUUGUGUGUGUCUCUGACUUGCAGGAUUAUGCAAACUUUCGGGUUUUUUUUUGUUUUGUUUUGUUUUUUUCCUUUGACGUGUGUUGAUUAGUUCUCAUAAUACACUCAGUAAGAUGUAAUAUGAUGAUGGUCAGUUUUGUUUCAGUAUGUUUUCUUACUUCAGUAUGUUCAGUGCACACUGAGUAACGCUGAUCUGUGAGAAAUCAUGUGACACUGAUUUGUUCCCUCAUUUUAAGUGAAAAUGUAUCAUUUUCUACAA